AUGGCCAGGAAGGGCCACUAUGACACAGCCUGCCGUAUUCUCUCUCUGGGGACGGAGGCCAUCAACAGCCAGGAUUCCGGAGGCAGGAGCCCUCUUUUCUGGGCCACCGAAUACAGGCAGGAGAGCUUGGUGGAGCUGCUGCUGGCCCAUGGGGCAGACCCAGCUGUCCGAGACAAGGAAGGGAACCUUUGCCUGCACUGGGCAGCCUCUGUGGGCUGUGCCCCCAUUGCUAGGAUGUUGCUGGAGGCUGGCUCAGACCUGAACGCACUGAAUGACCAAGGAGACACACCUUUGCACGUGGCAGCCCAAGAGAGACGCUACAAAUGUAUUAUCCUGCUGCUUGCCCAUGGUGCUGAAGUCUGCCUGAAGAACAAAGCAGGCCGGACACCCCUGCAGUGUGCACGGGUGAGCUCCCCAUCCUGGAGUGCUCUGCAGGCCAUCUCCUCCCUUCCCCAGAGCCCUGCAGAGAGAGUCCUCAGCAGAGACAUUUCCCGGGGCUUUGAGCAAGUGCCCAUUCCCUGCUUCAACGGUGUAGAUGAUGAGCCAUGCCCGAGCAAUUUUCUCUACGUCACUCAAAACAUCAUGUCGGAUUCUGUGGCUGUCUCACCAGCAGCCUUGGGGAGAAUUCAGCACUGCAAAUGCUCCGAAGGCUGCUCCAUGGCUUGCUGUCCUUGUAUCUUGCGUAGCAAGCGCUCCUGGUACACAAUGGAUGGCCGACUCGUGCCAGAUGCCAACAACUCCACUGAGACGGGCCUCAUCUUCGAAUGCAACACGCUCUGCUCAUGUGCCCGCUUCUGCCCAAACCGGGUUGUGCAGAGGGGCGUCAGGGUUCAGCUCCAGCUGUGUCGGAUGCCAGCCAAGGGCUGGGGGGUGCGCACCAUGGAAGAUGUGCCCCGUGGAGCCUUUGUGUGCCAGUACUUUGGGGAGGUGAUCUCCAGCACAGAGGCUGGCCAGAGACAGGAAGACACUUACUAUUUUGUGGUGGAUAUGCAAACUGGCCAGGAGUGUUGCCUUGAUGGGCGCUUCUACGGUAAUGUUGGCCGCUUCCUGAACCACUCGUGCCAGCCCAACCUGGUGGGCGUGCAGGUAGCUGUGGGCCAGGAGGUCCCUGGCAUUGCGUUCUUCAGCACCCGGCCCAUCCGUGCAGGAGAAGAACUUGGGUUUGACUAUGGAGACAAAUUCUGGGAAGUGAAAGGGGAGGGCUGUGCCUGCCUGUGUGGAUCACCCACCUGUAGAUACCAGGUCCCGAGGUCAGCACCCUCCUACCCAGCUGCUGCUGGAGACGUUUCAGGACCUAGCGUAGGCACUCGGCACCACCCACUCCGAGGCUUUGCACUCAAAUCCAAACGCAUGAACCCUCUGAAAGUCGUCACUCGGUCCCAGCAUGCUCAGGAGACUUCGCUGGACCUGACAUAA